UGUUGAGCUUUUAAUUUUCGCUUUUUCGGGAAGUUCAAAUGUGCAUUUUUAAUUAAAAAAAUAAUAAUCAAAUUGAAAAUAAAAGGAACAAAAGAUCAAAACCCUUUAAAAUGAUGAGAUAUAAUAUAUUUGUCAACCAUGUAAAAUGAAUUGUGCAUUCAACCAGUUACAACCAUUAAAAGUUGCUUUGUUUACAUGUUUGGAAGCCCGUUAGCAACCGAGUUUAUCACUGAGAUGGUAGUGCUUUUCGGUGAAUAUGCCAUGAGAAGUAUUUGUUUUAGCCCUAUCUUUUUGUCUGCCACAUAGUUUGUGUCUGAUUUGGUAAAGAAGUGCCUAUUCUAAAACAACAAAAUGAGGACAGUUCCUAAGUGGGUGAAUAAAAUCCAUGAAGCUGAUAAGGUUGAGUUUUCCAGUGUGCAUACAAUAUGCUUUAGCCCAGAUGGGACCCAAUUAGUUGUUGGCGCGGGUGAGAAGGUGAUGGUGUACGAUCCUCGAGAUGGUUCCUUGGUUCAGCUACUUCAGGCUCACAAGGGCCCAGUACAUGCCGUUGCAUACUGUAGCGAUGGGAAAAAGUUUGCUAGCGGGAGUGCGGACAAGAAUGUUAUAAUCUGGACCUCUAAAAUGGAAGGAGUAUUGAAAUACUCCCAUGGCGAUGCCAUCCAAUGUCUAACUUACAAUCCUGUAACGAUGCACUUGGCGUCAUGUGCUAUCUCUGAUUUCGCCUUUUGGUCUGCGGAUGUCAAAGCUGUGCAGAAGUUCAGGCUCUCUGGCCGCAUAACUUCUUGUUCGUGGUCACCCAAUGGACAACACUUGGCCAUAGGAUUGGCUUCAGGAGCUGUAUCAAUAAGAGAUAAGGUUGGUGAUGAAAUCCAAAGAAUAUUACGAGAAUCUGCUGUAUGGGCAGUUGCCUUUACAAAAUCUAUGCUAAUGAUUGCAGACUGGAGUGAUGUGAUAUCUUUUUAUGAUAUGCAGGGUCAAGUGGUUUACAAAGAAAGAAACAUAGGUAUUGCUGCUCUCUCAAUGACACCGCUAGGAUCUCUGGUGUUAGUAGGCGGUGUGGGAGGCUGGGCUGUGUUGACGUCAGAAGGCGUUUCAAUCAUCACCACUCAGCAGGAGUGGGUGUGGGCGGUGGCGCCUUCGCCCUCGUUGAAUACUAUGGCAGUGGCAUGUCAAGACGGAACCCUGUGGUGCUACCAAGUGGUUUUCAGUACGGUGCACGGCUUGUACCGGGAGCGGUACGCGUACCGGGAGAACAUGACUGACGUCAUCAUACAGCACCUCACUACAGGCAGCAAGGUCCGAAUUAAGUGCCAUGACAGAGUACAGAAGAUCGCUAUUUACAAACAUCGGUUGGCGGGAACCCCUUUGCAAGGCGUCGCUGUGCAGGCGGUGGUGACCGAAUUCCUGAUCUGCUACGCCGAAGACUUGUUCGCUCAGGACCAAGGAGCGGACUCCAGUGACUCCGGGCCUAGCUCUAUUGAAGUGGACAAGAACGAAACUAUCGAAGCGCAAGUGGAGUUACGCGGCCUCGAAUCCGGGAGGCGGCCCAAGAGUCUACCUCUCAACCCGCCCACUAAGCUACUGAGUCUUGAAGAGGCGCGCCGGCGUGGCAACCCGGCGGCGUCUCUCCAGUCGCCGCAGCUGCCGCCGGCUUCCGGCGCCAUCGCAGCCGCGGCGCACACUCAGUUACGGCCUUCGUCGCAUUUACGCCCCAAAUACAUAGAAGUCGGGUCAGGCCCCAACAAUCUACCUCAAUACCACACGGUGCUUGACCUACCUAUACCGGGCAAACGCGGCGUCAAAAGGUCUCCUUCGGGCUGGCGGGGACUGUUCUCUCGCAGCAAACAGCGGCCCACCGUGCACGCACCGCUUCCACCGGUCACACCACCCGCUACCACACAGGAGCCCACAGCGCUAGCAGUGAACGGUCUACGUCCAGUAAAGUCGUGCGAAUCGCUGACAUCUGACACCGACACCUUAGCACCGCUUGCUGUGCGUCCGCCUGCGCCGCUCAAGCAACAUACAAGGUCAUCAUCGUGCGACUCGUACUUCGAGCCGUGGCAAGCGGAGCUGGCCGGCAUGAGGCUCCGCCUGUCGCCUCAAGAGCGGGACCUGCACAUGUUCAGCGAGGAAGACGACCCUCAGCAGCGAGCUCAGGACGGCGAUUCCGCGGCGUCCACACCGCCGUCUUCGCUCGUGUGUAGCGCGUCGCCCAGCCCGCAGCGACUCCACAACACUGACUCCAGAAAGCGCAGCCUCCUCGAGGAGCAGUUAUCCGAAAUAGGCUAUAUCGACCUGGAGUCUCCACGAGCGCGCGCUCCCGCCGCGGAGAAACGAGCUCCCCGCCCCCCUUCGCCGCCUUCCCCGCCGCCCCCGCGGGCCGAGAGGAAACGGAUAUGCAAAGACCGCGACAACGCGACUCCACCGCUCGCCGACACGCAAACAUCACUGGGAAACGUGAAAAUGAGAGAGCGGGCCUCCCCCCGAAAGGCCCCGCCCUCGGCCCGCUACAGCGGCCUCCACCAACCUUUAGCGUUACCGCCGCGUCUGAGCUGGCCCGGCAAAGACCAUUCCACCCUCAUCAAGGUGGACUGGCCUCCAGACUCCUCGUCUACCAACCUCACUGCUAGCACUUUGAAUUCUAGUCCUGCUACGCCCUUAACACCUUUAUACGACCCGUUGGAAAGCGACUCUGAAGUCAGCGAAACGAAUAAACAUACAAUCAAAAUAGAGAGCAAAGAAUGCGACAAUUGUGAUCGAGAGAAAUGCCUCAAAUGCGAGCUCAAAGCCACAGAUUAUAGCUCCGAACACAGUCCACUACAUUCCACCGAUAUCAGCUACCAGAACUUAAAUCGUCUGUCCGCUGUGUCGACGUCGUCCAACUCUGAACCGUCUAAAAAAGACGCGAGCUACGAAAACUGUGACGUCAUGAAGGUGAUGACGUCAUCGCAUGAGAGCUCGUCCAGUUAUUCCAAUGCGAGCUUGAAACAGGAGGACUAUGAAACCUUCAAUUUCACGCGACCAAAUUAUAUAAAUUUGCAGUCGUCUAGCACGUCUAAAAGCUCACCUGGUUCGCCGUUAAAAAGUCCGUUAAAAUCUACAAUAAGCAUAACCUUCCGAUCGCCGACGAAAUCCAAAACGCCGGAUUACGAACCCAUAGACAAUAUAGAUACCCCAACAAACGAUAGGGACUCUGUGUACGAAGACAUAGAUUUGGAAAAGAAUCUGUCUAUAGUCGAAGAGGCGACAGUUCCAGAAACGGACGCAAGUCUUCCCACACAACAAGCGUGUCAGCCUGACUUCAAAGAUCUGAUUAUCCUUGAAACACCUACUGACCAAAACGAUGUCUACAGCCAAGUUAAGUUCUUCAAAAAGAGCAUAGAAGAAGUAAACGCUCUGAUCUUUGAGUCCCCUGAGAAGGAGGCCGAAGAAAACGCUAUUAUGUUCGAAUUCCCGGAAGAGAAACGACAUUAUGAGAAUGUAUCUUUCAGUGGCAGUGUUGAAAAGGAAUACGAGAACAUUAAUGUUGAUACUUUAAAAAUCUGUGAUAAGGGUCUCGUGGAAAUCGACAAUGGUAUCAAAGAGGAAGAAAAAGACAAUGGCAAUAUAAUCAAAGUUUCCAAUUUAAACGUUAGAGAGUUGGCUAACAGAUUCGAAAGCCCGACUGAACAGAAAGGGCCCUUCACUUUCGAGAAGUUCAAAGCAGAAAUCAAGUAUCCAAGCUUAGAAAGGAAGGAGGAAGAUAAGAAAAUUAACGUGGAAGUUAGAAAAAAAGAUUUAACAGUCAAAUUGCCGCCUCCAGUGUCGCCGAAAACUUAUAAAUUGAACAAAAACUCUUGCAACGCACGGUCGUUGGACGAAAACGCGUUCGUAAAAGAAUUCGGCAACGAAAAGUCUUAUGUCGACAGAAGAAAAAGUCUCGAAGUCAGAGACGCGAAGAAAUCGCCGAAGUUCUUACCCGAUCUUAAUCUAAAUAUGGAGGAGAACACCAAAAUCGAACCGGUCACUCCUACCACCGAGAACAAAAUAUCUUUAGUCCAACGGUUCAACGAGAAACGGCCUACGGAACUGAAAAACUUAAUAAACUUCGAUUCGGACAAGAAAUUGAGCAGAGAACGUAUAGAAAAGUAUAAAGAAGAGAGGAGAAACUUUUUAAGAGAGAAAUACAGCUCGCAGUCUUUUAGAAGCAGCCCAGAGCAACUAACUAGGAUAAAAAUAAAGAAGGAUAUGGACAAAAUUGAGUCUUGUGAACGAUUAAAAGAAGAAUUGCCUAAAUUUGAGAGGAGAAAUACAGUAGAUCUAGGUCAGAGGAUGAGGUUCUCUUUGGCUAGAAGUACUAAUAAUCUAGACACAAUCAAUUCGCCCACUAGUCCCGAUAGCAUAGAGAGGCGAGAGGGAGAAAGCAGUAAAAGAGAGAGAGAGAGCGCAGCGCGCAGGGAGUUUGACAGGAAAGAAAAGGUGUCCCCAUCCUACCACAUCCGUGAUAUGGCGGCUCUCUUCGAGCAGAAGACCGGCGGCUGACGCGAUGGACAGACGGUGCGGUAUCGUUACACUUAGAUAUGUUUCUAACCCUUGGCUUAAGGUCCGAAAAUGAACGCUAAGGACUUGCUGUCUUGAGUAAGGGUUUAAGUAUAGUUAAAAUGGUCGAAUUUGUCAACUAAAUGUGAUUUUCUUUAAAUCAAAUUCAAAUCAUUUGCAUUACAUAUGGUUAAAUAAUUACUUAGUGGUUUGACGUAGUCAUCAGGUCACUUUAUCUCCACUGCACGACCUUCUAAUUUACCAGAGGCAAGAGGAUUUGUCCUACGCUCCCCAGUCUGAUUAAUUUCGUUGCGAGUCCAAUGACAGUUUAACUUUCCCCCGGG